GUCGUCGCCAUGGGCAGUCGGCGCAACGAGCCUGCAGGCGUUGCGUCGCACACGGAUGGGCACCGAAGUAGCCUGCGGCGCAGCCGCAGGCACGACUCGAUCGAGAAACCGCCGCUCUUCUUCGCCUGGCAAACGCCAGCUCCGUCCAGGGCCCCGCCAACGACGCCAGCCGCUGACCUCGAAGCGCCACGACUUGCCGCGGCGCCAUUGCCAACGACAGCUGCGCCGCCAAGUACCUCGUGUCAAACCGUGGUAUCGAGUCCACCCAGCGUGCCUCAAGCGACACUGGUCAUGCCAUCACCGCAGCCCAUGCUGCAGCCGGCAGUCGUUCUCUCGACCCAGUCGAUGGCGCCCACCUACGUGCAGCCACCUGCCCAGAUCAUGUACCCGUGCAUGUAUUACCCAAUGGCGACACCAGUGCAGCAAGCGUCGACGACUCCUGCAACACCGCCGAUAGCACCCCCUGUAGCACCUGCCAUCGCACCACCACUUGCGACGGCGGCGCAGCGAGAAAAGCCUCGUGAGAAAGCGGUGUACCCGCCGGGGAUGCCACCGUGGAGCGCCGUGUCAUCGCCGCCCGAGCUGCUGCUACCGGGCAAAAGUACAUCCGAAGCGUCCGAGUACUGGAUAUGGCUGCACUGGUACGCGUCGUGGCAGCUCUACUACGAGCAAGGCCGCGAGCCAUCGUCGAGCCAGCGCCAGUCGCGACGUCUCGCCAAGCUCAUGGCAUCCCUUAUGGAAAAAGAGGCGUCGGCUUACCGAGCGUCGAAACGCAGCAGCCGAGCCCCUGCCGCAUCGACACGCAGCCGCCACGUGUCCAAGGCCAAGAGCAGUCAUGGCUUAGCUCCGCCAGCCGACGUAUGGUGGCUCGACGUCAGCGGCUCGCGAAAGACGCGGCAUCGCACCAAGCACACCGCCACGAGGUCGCCCGAGACGCCGACACCAGCAGUCGACACCUCGGACGCUAUCCUGACCCUGGAGGAGUUGGCUAUCUGAGCCCGUCAUCGCCCUGUCUUGCGUGUGAAUCAAUCAUAUGUGU